AUGGCUGCCGUCAAGCGUUGGGCCAUUGUAUGCGUCGCACGGAGAUGGCGCGCAUUUGGUUGCGUGAGCUUAGGUCAGCCUGAGGGCGCGGGGAGUUAUGUUGUGAUGAGACGAAGUGCAAACGGGAAGAAGGUGCUGAGUGAGGACUAUCAGGUCUUGUUGAAGCGGGUCUUACCUUUGAAGACGAGCCGUGAUGCCUUUGUAGGACUUCCAGACUACAACCCCCCCAAGCUGAAACACCACAAGUGUGCGAGCUUAAAAGAUUGA